GAACGGCGCCGCACAGCGACUUUGACAGCGCUCCUGCCAACUCUGCCUGCUACUUGCUCUCUACCUACUCUCGCCUGCUCGCCCGACUGCCCCCCUCUCCAGCGUGUGCACGACUGCAACGCUCGGGCUCACCGGGGCGUCCGUGCCAGGCUAAUACCCCUUCGGCUUCGCCCACCACCCAUUUGACGACAUCAUCCACCCCCGCACCACGCUCCUUCUCUGUGCUGGCCAUGUCCUUCCCCUUCAAUCCUCUCGGCGGCUCCUCCACACGCCCCCGCAUCCAGCUCUCCCACAUCCCCCCACCCCGCCGCCCCCAGACGAAUGCUCGCUCGUCCCUCUCCGGCUCCCACCUCCAUCCAAACCAUCUCUCCGCCCGCAGCCCUUACCCUUCCUCUGCCCCGCCCUCUCCGGACCUUAGCGCACAGUCCGCCCACCGCCCGUCCAGCCGCCCGCUGCUCUACUCAGAAAGCGGUAGCUACGGCGGCGGUUACACUCACUCGCCGUACUCCACAGCGUCGAACACGCCUCUCCCCUCACGCACGCCCUCCCCCGUGCCACUGUACUUCUCCGGCGCGUCGUCCUACAGCUCCGAGAGCGAUAGCGAGCUCGACGACGGGCCGUACCACCGCAGCGCGACCAGCAGCAGCUCGCGUCAACCCAACUGGCGAGAAGAGCAGAGACGAUGGUGGAUCAUGGGUGCAGUACGGAGGCGUCGUCGGCGAGAGCGAAUUGGAUGGUGGAGGACAAUGAAGCGAGGCUUCCGGCUGCUCAUUCGACAUCCGUUCUUUCCCAAAACGCCCGUUACCAUUCUGCUCACCCUCGUUCUGCUCACCAUCUUCGGCGUCUCCCUCACGUUCCUCAUCAUCUACAUCCUCAACCCUGACAAGGAGCCUCUCCCUUGGCGCGGCUACUGCACCGUCCCGCAGUUUUCGACCCGCCCACCGUCGCUCUCACUUCCGACGACCGCGCAGUUCCCGGACCCGCUCCCGGACAACUUUACGCCCGCAACGUUUCCCCCGUCUAAUCUCGAUGACCUCUCGCCCGCAGGUGUUUUCGUGGGCCGGAGAAUGCUCAUUCGGUCUUCAUGGGCAGAACACCAGCGCAGCCGGGAUGGCGCAGGAGAGGGAGACGGCGGUGUCGGGACAUCGAGGACGGUCGUGCGUUUCGUCUUGGGUGAGCCUCGCAACGAGUGGAAGCGGCGGAUACGGCUAGAGAUGGACAUGUACAACGACAUGGUUAUCCUGCCGAUCCCGGAGAACAUGAACAACGGUAAGACCUACGCGUACUUCCACUGGGCCGCGCGCAACGCAUGGGUGCCUCCGCUGUACUACGACAACUUCGCGCACGACCACGCGAGUGGGAACCCGAUGAAGUGGGUCCGCCCGGACUACGUGGUCAAGACAGACGACGACUCGUUCGUGAUGCUUGCGGAGCUCGAGGCGAGGCUGAGGGUAGAGCUGCAUCGGGAUCCGCGGGAGGUGAGGCUACAGAACGGUGUGGUUGCGAACGACUCGUUCGCGUUUGAGAACGGCUCUUCGUCCUCCUUUCCUCCCGCUGCCGGGUCCUCCGGCUCAGAUUCAGAACCCAGAACCCCAGGCACCUCCGCGUCGAAAGCCAUGAACGUACUCGUUACGCCCACCUCGACCCAUCAACCAUCCUCGUCGCCGCCUCCCUCGUCCUCGCCAUUGCCCUCGUCACCUGUGCUCGCUUCCGCGGACCCACUCAUCUUCUGGGGCUACCUCGUGAAGAACCGGUUCAUGGCGGGCGAGCUGUACGCGCUCUCAUGGGCGCUCGUCGAUUGGGUCGCGAGCGAUGCGCAGGUUGCGGAGUUGCGCAAGGGCGCGGAGGAUAAGCAGACGAGCAAGUGGAUGCGCUUGCACCCCCGCGCGGACGAGGUCCGGUGGGUGAGCGAGCGCUGCUGGAUAUACGACCACCCGAGGGCAGGCACGGUGUACUCGCACGGCUUCCUGUUCCCCUCGGAGAUGACGCGUGUGCAGGCGGAAGUGAUGAAGGACAUCGCGCGCGCGGUGCCCGAGGAGGUCGCCGCGCAGAAGGCGGGCUCGAUGCCGUCGCCGUUCGGCCCGAACGCGCCCGUGCCGCAGACGUGGGCGCGCUCGACGGUGUCCAAGUUCGGCCAGCGGUACAGCCCGCCGCUGCCGUACCUCAGCCAGCAGACGAGCAUCGAGGCGCUCGUUGAAGGGAGCGAGAUGUCGCGGUUGAUCGAAUCGAGCGACGUGAACCCGUGGUCGGUCUGGCUGCGGCGCGAGGGCCGGAACACGCGGUAUAAUCACCAGCGCGUCGGGGGCACCGUCGUCGUGCAUUUCAUUAAGAAGAACAUGUGGUUCCUCGAGACCGCCGCGGCGUUCCUCCUCGGCGACGAGGUCACCGACGCGGAGCACGGGUACCGGUGGCACGACGGGCACUACGUCGGCCCCGCCGGUGAGCGCGUGCAGGGCGAGCGCGUGCAGGGCCAGGGCUCCGCAUCACUGACGGAGCAGCACCCGAUUCAGACGGCGAACGUCCGGAAGCUGCAUCGGAGACGAUAGCCUUGGUGGUUGCGCUUCGACUGGCUGUCUUUUACUGGGUUUCUGCUGUCGUGCUGCCCUCUUUGGCUCGGCGACGGCACUGGCGUGCACUGUAUGUAGUACACCGUUGCGAUGUGUACGUACGUAUGCAUGCGCUCCCUCCGGGCGGACCUUCCUACGCUGCUGCCGAAUAUUGCUCAUCCCCCGCCUUGCAUCUUCGCCCAUGGAUUCUCGCAGUGAAUCUGAAUAACUAACUAUAAAGCCGCAGUGUACCUUAGAAAGAUACCUUCAUUGACUGUUCAUAACACAACACGCUAUUCUUCUUGCUUUGCCUAACUGCUCACGUAUAUUUCGCGGUCUCCAUGGACGGUUUCGGCUCGCUCGGGAUGGGCGGGCGCAGGAAGAAAUAUAAUAAACA